AUGAGCUUCGGAUCGGAGCACUACUUGUGCUCCGCCUCCUCCUACCGCAAGGUGUUCGGGGACGGCUCGCGCCUGUCCACGCGCCUCUCCGGGCCGGGAGGCUCAGGCGGCUUCCGCUCGCAGUCGCUGUCCCGCAGCAAUGUGGCCUCCACGGGCGCCUGCUCCUCGGCCUCGUCUCUCGGCCUGGGCCUGGCCUACCGCCGGCUCCCCGCGUCCGACGGGCUGGACCUGAGCCAAGCGGCGGCGCGCACCAACGAGUACAAGAUCAUCCGCACGAACGAGAAGGAGCAGCUGCAGGGCCUCAACGACCGCUUCGCCGUGUUCAUCGAGAAGGUGCACCAGCUGGAGACGCAGAACCGCGCGCUCGAGGCCGAGCUGGCGGCGCUGCGACAGCGCCACGCCGAGCCGUCGCGCGUCGGCGAGCUCUUCCAGCGCGAGCUGCGCGAGCUGCGCGCGCAGCUGGAGGAGGCGAGCUCGGCGCGCGCGCAGGCCCUGCUGGAGCGCGACGGCCUGGCCGAGGAGGUGCAGCGGCUGCGGGCGCGCUGCGAGGAGGAGAGCCGCGGACGCGAGGGCGCCGAGCGCGCCCUGAAGGCGCAGCAGCGCGAUGUGGACGGCGCCACUCUGGCCCGCCUGGACCUGGAGAAGAAGGUGGAGUCGCUGCUCGACGAGCUGGCCUUCGUGCGCCAGGUGCACGACGAGGAGGUGGCCGAGCUCCUGGCCACGCUGCAGGCGUCUUCGCAGGCUGCUGCCGAGGUGGACGUGGCUGUGGCGAAGCCAGACCUGAGUUCGGCGCUCCGGGAGAUCCGCGCCCAGUAUGAGUCUCUGGCCGCUAAGAACCUGCAGUCGGCCGAGGAGUGGUACAAGUCCAAGUUCGCCAACUUGAACGAGCAGGCGGCGCGCAGCACCGAAGCCAUCCGAGCCAGCCGAGAGGAGAUCCACGAGUACCGGCGCCAGCUCCAGGCACGCACCAUUGAGAUCGAGGGCCUGCGCGGGGCCAAUGAGUCUCUGGAGAGGCAGAUCUUGGAACUGGAGGAGCGGCACAGCGCUGAGGUGGCCGGCUACCAGGAUAGCAUUGGGCAGCUGGAGAAUGACCUAAGGAACACCAAGAGCGAGAUGGCACGCCACCUUCGGGAAUACCAGGACUUGCUCAAUGUCAAAAUGGCCCUUGACAUUGAGAUAGCAGCUUACAGGAAACUGCUGGAGGGCGAAGAGACACGAUUUAGCACCAGUGGAUUGAGCAUCUCAGGGCUGAACCCCAUUCCCAAUCCAAGUUAUCUGCUUCCUCCUAGAAUCCUUAGUUCUGCAACCCCCAAAGCCUUAUCCACUGGGCUGUCACUUAAAAAGGAGGAGGAGGAGGCAGAGGAGGAAGGGGCUCCUAAGGAUGCCUCUAAGAAAACAUCCAAGAUAGGGGAAAGUUUUGAAGAAACACUGGAGGAAACAGUAAUAUCUACGAAGAAAAGCGAGAAGUCAAAUAUAGAAGAAACUACCAUUUCAAGCCAAAAAAUGUAAUUCCAUUGCUAAAAAAAAAAAAGAGAGGGAAUGCCUAAGAGAGAAUGCACUUGACUUAUUCUACAGCUUACUUCUGAACCACACCACCUGUUGCCGCUAUAGAGUGUCUUUAAGGCUUCAAUGUCAUAUUUAGUCUGAAUCCUUACUUUCUCCAGUAGGAAAGUCGCCUGUAGAUUGGGGGCAAACUGCAGUCCUGAAGCGGUCAGAGGAGUUCUCUAAGAACACAGCUUUCACCCACGUGACAGAUGACUCAGGUGCAGAGGAAGGUGCUAAUUCUGGUCAUCAUUCGCUGUGAGCUGAAAUUAAAACCUAUGUUUAUCCACUAUACCCCACCAGUACCCAGCUAUAGAAUCUUACUGUAGAUGCCUAAAAACAUAAAAAUCACUGCCAAGAGCAAACCAGUUGGUCCAGACACCAUUACCCUGAUAGAGCUGAGUCACAAAUGAUAGGCGUUUCUCUCGUGGGCACAUCACUUCCUCUCCCCUCAAUUCCAUGCUUCCUUUUCUUACACCCAAGAGGAUGGGAAAAAGGCUACUGUAGUAUCCCUUCUAAACACACGUAGAACUUACUCCCUUUGGCACUCUUUGCUCAGUGGGUAAGAGUAGAUGCAUGUUGGCCAUUUCUGUGCUUUGUGUAAGGACUCACCCCCGCAUUUCAUGUCCUUUCACAUCUGUAGCUUAAAAAAAGAAAACACUAAUAAUGGCAGUGAUUAAUUUUAAGGGUUUUCCUAAAAAAAUAAAAAGGAUCUCUAGAUUUUAGGCUUUCAGCUUGUCCAAAUCCACUUAAUUAGAGUGAAAAAAACGACCUUGAAUGAUGUAGCUUUUCACUUUAACUUUAGAAGACAGCGAUAGUUAUCCUGUGCUGUGAUUAAACCAACCUUAGACUUUGUAGCGUAAGUACAGGAGGUGAGUAUGUUUCUGAGUGAGAAAGACCAAGGUCUCCUCUGUGUUGGUUUCUGUGUAGUGGUAUCGAGUUAGCUUUCUCAUACCCGUGCCCUAGAAUCUAUAGUCCCCCUUCCCAUUAGUCUAGGUCCUCAAGAGGCCUUGCUUUUUAAGAAUGCUAUAUAUAGGAUAUUUUAUCACCAGACACAAGGCUACUGCCCACAAGUGAAAAAAUAAACACUUCUGGUCAAUCAACACCACCAGCAAAUAUUUUAAAAGAAAAAAAAUCUCUUUUCUCAGAGUCUCUCCCCAACAGUGCUGCAUUGCUUGCUGCAGUUGGUGGGUGUCUCCCCCCCUAAGGAAAGGCAGACACAUUCAGAGUUCAAGAGGAGUGUGCACACCCUUUCCCCAUCCAAGGAGGCAAGCUGGAAAGUCAGUUCUUCCUGCACCCGACUGCAGCGUCCACGUGUCCUGCUGCCUCGUGUGCCAUACCUGACGCAGGAUUUGACCUGUCUCUGCUCACUUCUACCAGAGCUAUAGAACUGUGUGUCCUGUCCCCACCCACUUAUCGCAAGCUGUGCUGCUAAGGACAUGAUGCUUUUACUGAACUCUCAUUCUAGCGCGUGCUUCAGUAGUUCAAGGCACUGAAAAGACACUUUUCUUUCCCUGACCCAUCCCCUCCUGACCCCCCACACCCACUGUAAGACAUUAGUAAUAUAGGCCAUUAAAGUCAUUAAUCACACCA